AUGGCGCCCCAGCCAGACCUCCCAGAACCCGCCCAUCCGGAAGUGGACUCGAUGCUGAGCAGAAAGUUCGGGCGCGAGGUGGCCAACUACUUCUCCGGAAGUCCACUGAACCGCGUUUCUUUCUUGCGCGGAAACCAUGAGUUCAUCUCGAAGGCGUUGACCCAUCCUACCACCUCCUUCCUGCUCUUCAACAACCUCUCCCCGCUCGCGAAGGACAACACUACUCUUGCGUACGCUACACAUGCAGAGGUCAAGCCGUUGAUUGGGGAGAACCCCUUUGCGAAGACGGAGGAGCAGAUGAUCAAGGACUACAACUCUGCUGUGACGUUGCCCUUGGUGCUAUUCCUGGGUCUGGACGAGAGGAAGAAGGGAGGCUUCCAGCAUGGCAUAUACAGCGGAUCUCCAUACUUUGCCGUAGAUGUGACCCCCAGAGGCACCGUCGUGAAGGAGGCCAACGGCGUUAUUGAGGCCAUGAAAGCAAAGGGAUUGCAAUUCAUUGAGUCGCGCAUGCACAUGACCUUGAAUGCUCCUGAAGCUGCUAUCUACGCCCAAGCCAGAGCGCUGAUUGACUGGAAUGCGCGGAAUCCCUUCUGCGCUGGUUGCGGUCAGCCUACGUUGUCCGUGAACGCCGGAACCAAGCGAGUCUGCCCACCAACCGACUAUGCCUCCUUGCCUACACCUCAGGGUGCUAUCACUGUGCUCGACACUCCCCGUGAACGCGCCGCCUGCGCUACCAGGACAGGUAUUUCCAACCUUUGCUUCCCGCGCACCGACCCCACGGUUAUCAUGGCCGUAGUCAGCCAUGAUGGCCAACGCGUGCUCCUCGGAAGAUCAAAGCGCUGGCCAGCAAACUGGUACAGUACUCUGGCCGGAUUCUGCGAGCCCGCCGAGUCUGUGGAGGAAGCCGUCCGACGAGAGGUCUGGGAAGAAUCCGGCGUCCUGCUCGGUCGUGUCGUAAUCCACUCCACACAGCCAUGGCCAUACCCCGCAAACCUGAUGAUCGGUGCCAUCGGGCAGGCGCUGCCGGAUGGUGAAGAGAUCCAUCUAGAGCACGACCCAGAACUAGAAGAUGCGAAGUGGGUGGGCAUUGAUGAGAUCAAGACGGCCCUGAGAAUUGGUACCAGUGGUUUGGGUGACCCACCAGGACCAGAGUACAUCGAGGGCGGACUGAGACUCCCGCCCAAGACGGCCGUUGCGAACCAGUUGCUCCAGGCAGUCGUGGGGGGAUUCCUUGAGACCCCAAAGAUCUAA